AUGUCCAUCUUCGCCGACCGCUACGCAUCUUUCUUCGAUCCCUUCGCCGACGGGAACGUCGUCGAGAAGUCCGACGUCUUUCGCGACGCGCUUUCAAGCGUCCACGUCGACGCCCCACCUCCGUACCAGCCCAACUUGAAGGGUAUUCUCACCGUCGUGUCAGCCGAGGCGGUCGACCACAAGUCCUCCGACGCUAUCCAGUAUGUCGCCACGACGGACAUGGCGAUCCACGGGCAAGGCACAGUCAUCGCGAGCUGCACUAUGCCGACCCGACUGCUCUUCACCUUCAAUACCGACGGCGGCGAUAGAGCGCUCUAUGUCGCUGUAUAUGAGUCGUCGGUCGAGUUCGGCUACGGCCCCGCAGCGCCUCCUGGCAGUAAUGGUUUCCUCCCUGAGCGCGUUACCAUCGAAGGCAGCGUCGUUGGUGAUAGUGUUGAUAGCGGACUCGCUCCCACCUUCCUGCGCCCGACACUGCAGUAUCCCGCCCGGUACUGGCUGUCUGUAGACCACAAGAACGGCAUCUUGCGUUUCGGGCGCGAUUACGCCAAUCUCACUCUUACGCUGUACGCGGCGGAGCUGAAGAAGAGGGUGGACCCUGGAGUCUUGCACUGGAAAGACGACAAUUACGAGUUUAUCGACAAGCUCACUACUGUCACCGUUCAGCAACUGGGCGGCGAUCUUCAGUCUCCUCCGCUUCAGGUUGUCUACCAGCCUCUUCCCGUAGUCGAGAAGCUCCCACCCAUCAUCGUCCCCAACGAACGCAUCACAUUGGACGUUCUGGCCAAAGGCUGCGCAACAGUGCCCGCAAACCUCAGCGAUGAGUGCCAGCGCCUCUACGCCAAUGUUGCGGGCGCGAACAUCAUGCUGGACACAGCCGACUUCCCCGACUUCAGUCAGGCGAUAGAACGCAGUGUCAAUUCCGAAGGUCUUCUCUGCCAGAAGCUGCUCCAGAAGAAGUCCGGCGAGUUCGGAGAGGAUAACUACAAGACCACGUACUUGCGCAUCACGCUGGGCGCUGACCUCGGGAACUCCCCGGGUCCGCCGUACGUGCUUGAGAUCUGGCCCGCUAUGCAUGCAUCUCCCAUCCAUAAUCACGGCGACUCGCACGCCGUUAUCAAGGUUCUGCACGGAAAGAUCAAAGCAUACUACUUCACCUCGCUUCAUGACGCACAUCCCAUUGGCCCGCCAGCCAACCUCGAGAAGGGCGACAUCACUUGGAUCGACCCAGAGAACUACCAAGUCCAUCAGUUGUCCAAUGAGAAUCGCGAUGGUUCCGUCUGUUGUACCAUCCAAUGCUACUCAUACGGCGCAAAGGAUACGCGUCACUACGAGUGCUUUGAUUACAUCAAUAAGAAGACGUCCAAGGUUAUCGAGCACUUCGAGCCAAACAGUGAUAUGCGUUUCGACGAGUUCAAGGCCGCUCUGAAGCAGGAGUGGGAGUCUCGCUGGGACAAGCGUUACGAUGGACGAGUCCAAUAG